AUGUACAAAUUCACAGGCUUCAGCGCUAUUACGCUUCUCCUCCCUCUUGUCCACUCCGCCGUCCUUCCCGCCAAGGUUGUCCCUCGAGAAGACGUCCACGUCGACGUAAUCCGCAUGAUGAAAUGCGCGGCAUUGUUCGACAUAAAGCCAGAGGGGGGCUGGGAGCAGGGCAUGGCCGGAUGGUGGGUGCAUGAAAGCGAUACAGGCGCCCCAGCGGAUAUGGCCAUCUUCGACUUGCAUUCGGCAGAGCUCGACUUUUUUUACACCGACCCUAACAAACACUACGAGGCCAAGUCCAAUGCCGGAACGGACUUUGUUAUCGACACCGUAGAUCCCGGCGACCCAAAUCCUCCAAAUGGGCCCGACGGCGUCUGGGUCGGCCAUGCCGUGUUUGGCAGCAGCUCUUACAACUGCCUGACCGACAAACUAUACACGUACGAGGACGCGAAAUAUGGCACCUGCAACAGCUACGUACGCUGCCUGCAGAAGGACGCGCUCAAAGUCUCCGUCUCCGCCUCCAACGACACGAUCCGUGUCGAAGACCUCCCGCCCGCCAACGAGAUCUACGCCCAUCUCACCGAGCGCUUCAACACUGACUCGCACAUCUGCGACACCACGCCCGUCGACCUCGGCACCUCCCAGAACUGCAAGGUCCAUUUCGACUGCAACGACAACGACAUCAACGCCGCCGUGCUCCCCAUACUGCGCACGCAAAUGGACAAGUUCGGCUCGACGUCCAUGUUUGUCACAGAGGUGAUCACAGACAGCGAAAUCAACGCGGGAUGCUCGCCGGCGUGCUAUAACGACGUGACGCGAACCUACCGCACGAUGCCGACGUUCACGAAGAUCAUCGCGCGCGGCGUCCCGCAGGAUGACUCGAGGCUCGGGUACGAAGUCGCGAGUAUCGAGGCGCACAUUACGUGCGAUCCGGAUCCAGGGAAUGCGGGCGUGUGCAGUGCGCUCGGCUCGGUGUUUAGCAUUGGGGCCUUGAUUCCUGAUGGGCUGGAUAAGGUGUUUGGGUUUGCGGGGGCGGCACUGGAUACCGCGUGUAGUGCUACUGGGGAUGAUGAUUAG